AUGGUUAAGCGCUCUUGUGGGCAAACAGCUGCGGUUUAUCCCCUGGCCCACAGUGGAGCCCAGAUCCAUGUUGUAGACUCCACACAGACACUUCUCCUUGGACCAAAGUCACCAUUCACAGGCAGAAUGACAGAACGCUACGACUGCCACUACUGCAAAGAGUCCCUGUUUGGCAAGAAAUAUGUCCUGAGAGAGGAGAACCCCUACUGUGUGAAAUGCUACGAGAGCCUGUACUCCAACUCCUGUGAGGAGUGCAAGAAGCCCAUUGGCUGCAACUCCAGGGAUCUGUCCUACAAGGACCGCCACUGGCAUGAGGACUGCUUCAAGUGCUUCCAGUGCAAACGCUCUCUGGUGGACAAGCCUUUCUCCACCAAAGACGAGCAGCUGCUCUGCACUGAAUGCUAUUCCAAUGAAUACUCCUCCAAGUGCCAUGACUGCAAGAAAACCAUCAUGCCUGGCUCCAGAAAGAUGGAGCACAAAGGGAACAGCUGGCAUGAGACUUGUUUUACCUGCCAGCGAUGCCAGCAGCCAAUCGGCACCAAGAGUUUCAUCCCCAAGGAUAACCAUAGCUACUGUGUGCCGUGCUAUGAGAAGCAGUUUGCCAUGCAGUGUAUCCACUGCAAGAAGCCCAUCACCACUGGAGGGGUGACCUACCGUGAGCAGCCCUGGCACAAGGACUGCUUCCUGUGCACCAGCUGCAAACAGCAGCUAUCUGGACAGAGGUUCACCUCCAGAGAUGACUUUGCUUAUUGUCUCAACUGCUUCUGCAACCUUUAUGCCAAGAAGUGUGCCUCCUGCACCACCCCCAUCAGUGGGCUUGGUGGUAGCAAGUACAUUUCUUUUGAGGAGCGACAAUGGCACAAUGACUGCUUCAACUGCAAGAAGUGCUCUGUGUCCCUGGUCGGCCGUGGCUUCCUCACCGAGCGUGACGACAUCUUGUGUCCUGAAUGCGGAAAGGACAUCUAA